UUUUGUUUCUUAUUCUUCUUCUUUCUUUUGUUAAGCCACGACUUGAUACUCUUAUUCUCUGUUUUUGAAAGGUACCAAUAAGGGGAGACGCCAUGGCAGAUUACUUUGAGGAAGAGAGUUCUUAUGAAUCAAGCCAAGGCUCCGAUCUUGAUGAAGCCGACCAAGCUUGGUCCGAUGAAGAGGAUGGCUGUGAUGGGUCAUGUUCUGAUGAUAACUACUCUAUGUCAGAGUAUGGAGAUGACCCUGCUGAAGCAUAUCCUGAACCAGAGCCACCUGAUUACUCACAUGGAGAUACCAGCUACCAAGGAGAGUAUGAGGGAGAAACUGAAUCAAAUAUCAGUUUCAAUAAAGGAGAUGAAUGCCAUGGAGAAGAGACAGAAGGUGAUGAUCCUGAAGCUGACCAGGAAGGCUCAUGGCAAGAGGAAGCUGAUUCUGAAAUCAGUUUAGAAGAGGCAAAUGAGCAUGAGGAAAAUUUCCCUAAAACGGAAGAAGUCUAUGAAGAUGUUGAUGGAGGAGAAGCAAGUUUCCAAUCUGUUAAAGAAGAAGUUGGAGACGAAUCUCAUGCUGAAGGCAUACCCUGGUGUGAAGUACCUUACUCUGACCAGGAGGAUGAGUACCAAGACGAAACUGGCUCACAAACCAGUGUAGGAAACUCUGAGAAAAACUAUGGAGGAAAGCCAGACUCACAACAAGACGUUGCUGAAGAAGAAGAGGCCUUAAGUGAGGCUGGAAGAAAUGAUGAUCAACCUGGUUACGUCAUCUUUGCAGGCCAUCAUCAAGGACCAGAAGCAUACUUGUGCUGGGAGAAAGAUAUGGAACAUUGGUUUGAUUCUAAUCAAGUCCAUGAAGAGGAUAAGACAACCAUUGCCGAAGAUACUCUCACUGAAGAUGCCUUUAGAAAGUGGGAACAAGAUGCUUAUUGGCGACUUGCCUAUGAUGAACCAGAAGCUACUUGGCAAGAAAUGAAAGAACUCUUGUAUGAAGAAUAUGUGAAAGGAGCUGGAGAUGAGCUGUUGAAUCAGAUACGGGUCUAUACUAAUCUUGAACCAAGGCGGCUGAUAUUGGCAAAAAGGCCAAAUCGAAAGGCUAAGCUCAAAAAUGCUCACGACCUAAAGCUACACCAGGAGUCUACACUCAUCAUCAAGGGAGCAACCGAGCAUACAACAGCAGCAAGGGUAAGUGGCGUGCAAGGAGUUCCAACUCCACAAGCCAAAACUCGAGAGAUAAGUACAAAGCCAUUGCCUAAGUUCCAUGAGAAUAAGAAACCAAGUAAGUCUUCUAAAUCUUCAAAACCAGUAGAAUUCAUUUGCUAUAGGUGUCAUGAGAAAGGCCACUUUGUUGUAACCUGUCCAACUAGGCUAGUAGUGACUUCUAAUUCACUAGAAGUUAACUUGGAUUCAACUAGUGAAGUUAUAUCUCACUUAGUAUGUAAAUUUCCUACUUCUGGUAUAAUGCACUUGUCUUGCCCAAAGGCUGAUUAUGCAGGUCUAAAUAAGGACCAGGAGGACGUGGUUUCAAGGUUAAAACAAGAAGAAAUCAUCCCUGAACCAGACCCACAAGAAGGACUUAAACCAGCCACUAGAAAUCCAUUGAAACUAGUAGAUUUUUCGGUCCAAGCACAUGAGGAGUCCCAAAAGGUGUGACACAGUUACAUCAUUUAGCAAAGGACCUAUGAAGCAAAAGAAGGUGAUUUUAAAGAGAGAUGACAAGGCACCACCAAAGGAGCCAUCUUUGCUUAAACACUUCUCUGGAAAAGAUGGCACUACGACCAGUAGCAUCUUACUUCAGGAAGAACCCCCAGACCAGUCACCAAACAGACAGGCCGUGACAUUGGAUGCACCAAUCAAGUUUCCAAAUCAGGUAAGUGCAACUAUCCUUUGUUCGAUAAUCAAUUAUUUGGAUAUUAUGCAUACUGAUUUAUUAUGCCCUGAUAAGUUUGAAGAAAGACUAGGAUGCUUAGAAAAUUAUGUAGAACAUAAUCCUUGUCUUAGAUCCCACUUAGACAAAAGCAAGAAAAAUUUUUAUCUACUGAAAUUGGAACUCAUCAAACCGAUUUAUAUGUUGAAUAUCCCAUGACUGCCAUAACACACUUGUCUUUUGCCAAAGAAGUUGAGUUUAUGACAGGAACAAACGUUGAAAAUUCUGGAGAUAUUUCCAAGGCUAAGUUCACACCAGGCCGGACCAGAGGGAUUAUCCUAUCCUAUCUGUUCAAAGAAGAACCACCAGAUGCACCAUGCAUCACUAAAUCAAAAUCCAACCAAGGUAUGACCUUAGACUCCCAAAAGAGGAUGAAAGCUGACUUGCUCUAUCUUGGUGCAGGUUAUACAGUUUCGAGGUCGAAACCUUUUCAAGGGGGAGGGAAUGUUACAGGCACAGAAACCGUACCUGAACCAAAGCUCAGCCAGAUAAGCAACAACUGCCACAACUGCCUCAAUAGAGCUACCCACGACCAAGGGUCAUUCAAAGAAGUGCAUCUUAACAACCAUAAGGAAUUAUGGCAUGAAACAAAUUUUCACAGAAGGCCAGCUCAACCAUUCAUCACUGGAGCUUGGAAUUACAGAAAAUCUUCACGGAGGAAGAAGUUAUGAAUUUUAUAAGUUGGAGGUUUCCCAGCCCGUUCAGUUGCGAGUAUCAGCCUUUAGAAGAGGAUUUCAACCCAACCAUGAAGUGGCUUUCCCCAGAUUCAAGCAUGGGCUUCAAGAGUAGUGUCUUAGCUUUCCAGGAAGCCCAAAAUCAGAAGAAUUGGUCAAGGGAAAACCAAGAUGCAAUCAAUUUCCUAAACCCGGCCAAACCGACAUCAAUUUGGGAAAGUUUCCAACCAACUCGAUUUGGUCUAACCCAAGCCUAUCCAUGGAAACCAGGAGAUACUCUAGACCAUGCAGAAGACACCCAAGACGUCCAUAGAUGCACCAGCACCCAGAGGAUCAGGCGGAUUCUCCUUACCAUCUACUUUCCAUAUCCGGCCACACCAUAUGCAUUCAAGGAAAGUUGUCUCCACUUAAUGAGCAAGGACCAACGGCUCUAUUCCUUUGAACCAGAAGAAACCAAGAUCCUUAAGAGUUUAAUCAUCAGCCAGAGACUCCUAUUUCGUGGAUACUUCUCCAAGAUAUCAAGAUACAAGAUCAGUCUACUCCAAAGGCAACAAAUCAGCCUAACGGCUAGUUCUCAUGGAGCCAUCAAAGCCAUUGACUCCAAGCAUUUUAUUUCGAUUUAUUUUCUUUCCUUAGUUCAUUUUCAGACUGUUAGAGAGUCCUUGGUCGAGCCUAUAAAGCUCUAGUCUUUGUUUCAUUGUAAAGCACCCUUGAUCAUUUUUAAAGUAAUAAGGAAUCAUUUUCUUUUAAA